AUGUCAGUUCUCAGUAAUUCGUGUACUGAAGCCAUACCCAGUCAAAAUUUAAGUCAAGAAAUUGUUAGAACUGAAGAUCCAGCAAAUAUAACUGACGAAGAAUUUGAAGAAGCUCGAUCUGAAUCCAGCCCUAACCUUAACGACGAGUACCUUUUAAAAAUUAAUGAACACACUGAUUUAAUACAAAAAACUCUAGACAGUAGUAGAAGUGUCUCUCGCUUAAACAAGGAAAGUAUUAAAAGGUCUCUGGAAGAAAUUAAGCGCAGCACGCAGCAGUUACACGACCAAGUUAAAAAUAUUUUACGACAGUCAACACUAUCUACCGAAAAUAUAACUACUUCUAUAAUCAGAAAUACGAUUAAAGAAGAAUUCGAAAAGAUUGCGUUAAAGUCUCAGCAAUUCUCCGCUCCACCACUGCUAGAACCACUUCAUUCAGAUAUUACCCCGAAGCCAAUUCCAAGUUACGCCACAGUUGUUAAGACUACAAAAGUUACUGAGAAACCCCCAAUUCCGAUUACCAAACCAUCUUUAAUAAUUACUUCCAAACAACCAGUAUCCUCGUCACAAGAGACCAUCUACGCGUGGAGGAAAAGUGUUCACUUCAAAGAGCUUACAUUCACUCCUGCUGAGGUGAAACUUGUCUCUAAUCAUAAACUUCGCGUUGAGUUCGACAAACAAGAGCAAAGGGACAAGAUUUUAGAAACAAUAAAUAGGCCAGACAGCCUGGUCAGCGCCGAAAUAACGAAAAAACUCAAGCCUAUGGUCAUACUUAAGGGAAUUUACAAAGACACACCCGUAGCUGAGCUUGUUGAUAUCAUCACCAAUCAAAACACUAAAAUAAAAGACCUUCGUAUAUCACCUGAAGACAUCAUAUUUAAAUUUGUGCGCAAUAACAAAAACCAGAAACUCUAUAAUGCUGUAUUUAUGGUUGCUCCUCAUAUUUGGAGAGUAAUCAUAGAAAUACAAAAAGUUAAUAUAGACCAUCAACGAGUGCACGUAGAAGACUUUCCGGCAUUCCUUCAGUGUUAUAAGUGCAUGCAAUUCGGACACACCAAAAAGCACUGCACUGAAGACAAUACAAUCUGUUCCCACUGCUCCUCAAAUACACACACAUACAAAGACUGUCCAGUAAAAAAAGAUAUAAACAAAAUAAACUGCCACAACUGUACAUUACACGCUAAAAAAUAUAACUUAAAUUUAAACACUAAGCACAGCACCACGUCACUAUUCUGUCCUCGUGUUCUCAAACAAAUUGAAACCUGCAAAAAUAAAACCGAUUAUGGAUACUAA